GCCAUCGAUGGACCCUCAUAGGACAGCAAAUCGCCAGUUGUCGCUGGUCAUUCAGCCAAUGAGACCCCAACGGAGGAUCCGAAACUAUCGAGCCAAUCAUUGGGCGUGUACAUUUCUCAGAAAUCACGAUUAUCAGGGCCACGUGAAUCCCACUCGAGGACAGUACCUGGCAGCCUGGGGCGCAAUGUAUCUAUCCAUCAUAAUUACCUCCUAGUUUUACCUAUUCGACGCGAUCGAAAGAUAUCUUGUUCCUCGGCUAUAGCCAUCCCCAGCUAGUAUCUAACCCUCAGCAAUGUCUAAGAGAUACCGUCAGCUACUCCCUACCCCGGAUACAGACGGCGUAGCAUCCAACUCGCACCCUUCUGGAUCUUCUUCUACUUCCGGAUCCUCAAGUAGUGAGCCGUUCAAGCGACAACGGACCGGAACACAGAUAGCAUGCAACACAUGCCGCAAAAGAAAGAUUCGAUGCGACGGAAAAAAGCCUCAUUGCGAGGCUUGUCGACAACGAGGCGUACAAGAGCUAUGUGUCUACGUCGAAAGCCACAUCCAAGGCCAGACGAGCAAAGAAACGGAGCAAAUUCUUGACCUCUUCGACGUUAUGAAGUCAGGACCCGAGAGCCAGGCCAUCCACGUCCUACGAAUUCUACGAUGUCACAGCGAUCUUGACACAGUCUUCUCAAUAAUCCAACCGAGAAUAAGUCCAACACGACAUAUUUCUAGCCAAGAGCGGACUCGUGGGCCUACUCGACAUUUAGGUUUAGAGUCUGAGCUUAUGGCAAGGCAUUCAUUAUCCUUCCCGUCGCUCCAACCCCUCGAGACUAGUAUCUUGAAGGCAGUUCUCAGCACUGGCCGCAUAUCAGCCACCGACAGCGAGAACGCUGGCUCGCCGUUUGACUUCGAAUCCAAUCCAUUUCAAACCCAUCAUCCUCGGCAAUAUCCAACACCGAUCUUACGCCCUUGUGACGAGCGAUUGGAGAAAUUGAACAUAAGUUUCUGGACUACCGUGCCUAUUCCUUCCGAUUUGGCUGCCAAGAUUAUAUUGUUAUACUUGGAAACAGAUCACCCCCUGCUGGGUACCUUUGAUCCGGAUCUAUUUGUGAAUGACUUGAUUAACUGUGAAACGAGGUUUUGCAGCCCAUUUCUACUUAGUGCCGUCAUGUACUGGGGUUGUCAAAUGUAUAGUGCGCUCGAUCCGACCGUCAAAAAUUAUACGCCUCAGUUCAGUGACGAGACGGAAAAGCGUUGGGCAGAAGACAAGUCGACAGAUUCUCUUUUAACUCUCGCCGGAAUACCGUUGCUAGGCUUGGCAUAUCUGGGCGAUGGAAAAGAUCAUUAUGCCUUGACGUAUGUGUCAGAAGCAAACUCCAUGGGAACACGUAUGGGCUUUUUCGGAACCGAACACACUGUUGCAAUGCCCAAGGUACGAGAAGUAAACUCUGAACUACAUAGUGCAACAUCCUAUGCCGCCUGGGGCAGCUUCAAUUGGGUAGUGCUUAUGGCUCUAUUUUACCAACAGCCCGGCCUUUCAUACCCUGAACACCCUCCCGUAUGGCCCAUACCGGGAAAUGGCUGGCAUGAAACCUCUGAAGGCAGCCCCGAGUCUAUCCGCCAAACUUUGCAGUCGACCUACAUGGGCGACACAUUUCCAGUCCUUUGCCGAUUCUGGCGAAUAAUCCACCAAGUGACUUUGCGAUACUAUCGCGAUCAGCCUUAUCCGCGCGAGGGCCUGAGCGAUCAUAUCACACUUGCAUUUGCCGAAUACAAGUAUCGCGAGCUCAUAGCUUGGGCAGAAACGCUGCCACCGUCGAUGGUGCGCUCAGAACAAAGUCCACAUCAUGUUCUGAUCUUUCAUAUCUGGUUUCACGUAGCAAUUCUUAGUAUCUUGCACCCCUUCACGGUUCGAGCGAGGGACUCUUCGAGGUCUUUACGAUUCAAGACAUUUCCUUGUAAGAGGAGCUCGCCCGAUGCGGCUUAUAAAGCGUCUGUAAAUCAACUCAAGCGCCUUAUAGUGGUAUACCGCAAGAAUUAUAUGUCUUCAACUUAUACGAUGCUAUGGCAUACAGGCCUGAUUCAUGUCGCAAACGCUAAUCUUGGCGCCACAAAGGACCCUACUUGGCGUUUCUAUCUCUUUUUCUGCAUUCAAUGCUACGGACGUCUACGGCAGGCAUACCGCUUUGCAGAAGCCAUCGGCCGAAGUUUACUAUCGAUGGCACUGCAGCAAGGCGAUUUACCAGCGAGCGAGGCGCGACACAUAAUGGAACAGUUCGAGGAAAACCGGUUAAUUAACCCAUCAUAUGACAUCCGGGCCACAUUUAUGGCGGACUUGAACCUUGCCAUGACGAACCCUUCGGAGGCCAGCGUGGAGAGCCUGGCCGACAGGUUUGAUGAUAUAGCGUUAUUCCAAGAGUUUACGAAUGCGGGGGGCUCAAGCGAGGACGAGCAGAUGGAAUCGGAUGACAAUGCUUGGGAUACGCUGUGAAAAUCCUUUGCGGUGGAGGCACGCGGUGUGUUACGGUUGAUCGUGGUGAACCUUGCAACAACUUUUAGCUUGGGGUUGUUCUCAAUAGUCCUGUGUCGUUCCCAGUCAGUCUCUGGAUCUGUUGGUAUCGCACGAUGCCGGAUGAGGCGUGUCUCAGAGCUAAUGCCGGACACAUCCACCCGGGAUCGAGCAUCGGCGUAUCACCAUGUUUGUUCUUUGUCUCAUCGCACUCGUUUUAGUCAGUCCUUUAUCACAACAGACCGUUCAGUGUAGCCUCCUCCUCCUCCUCUUCCUCCUCCUCCUCCUCCUCCUCCUCCUCCUCCUCCU